UUUUACUAUUUAUUUCGCUCAGGCAUAGUUUGGACAGCUAUCCCGGUGACGUCUUCUUGAAGUGUGGGGUUUUGUAGUUCAGUGGCGCUGUCGAGUGUGUUAGGGACGUAGUGUUGUCAAAGGCAUACACAAGUGCAGAACAUCAUGGCUUCCAUGUUGCUGAACUCAGUGCGGAGCUGCUCUGUAAAUUCUUCCUGGGGAGUUCGCUUUGGAGCUCGUGCUCUCAGUACCACAUCCCAGUUCCAGGCUCAGGUUCAGACAAAGAGCAAGAAAACACUCGCCCGACCGGGUGUGAAGAACAUAGUACUGGUGGAAGGAGUUCGAACCCCUUUCCUGCUGUCUGGAACCACGUAUGUCGAUCUAAUGCCCCAUGACCUGGCCAGAGCAGCUUUGCAGGGUCUGCUGGACAGGACAGGUUUGCCCAAGGACGCUGUAGACUACAUUGUGUAUGGAACAGUCAUCCAGGAGGUCAAAACGAGCAAUGUAGCGAGAGAGGCGGCACUGACUGCAGGAUUCUGUGACAAAAUCCCAUGUCACACCGUCACUAUGGCCUGCAUCUCCUCCAACCAGGCAAUGACCACAGCCUGUGGUCUGAUUGCAGCAGGCCAGUAUGAUGCUGUUAUUGCUGGAGGUGUGGAGUUUUUGUCUGAUGUUCCUAUUCGACACAGCCGUAAGAUGAGGAAGAUCAUGCUGUCCCUCAACAAGGCAAAGACCGUCGGCCAGAAGAUGGGUCUGAUAAGCAAAAUACGGAUGGGACACUUUGCGCCAGAGCUUCCUGCUGUAGCCGAGUUCAGCACGGCGGAAACCAUGGGCCACAGCGCCGAUCGUCUUGCUGCUGCGUUCGGGGUGUCUAGAAUGGAGCAGGACGAAUAUGCUAUGCGAUCACACAGUCUGGCAAAACAGGCCCAGGACAAGGGUCUGCUGGAGGAUAUCGUCCCCUUCAAAGUGCCAGGUCGGGAUAUUGUUUUUAAAGACAAUGGCAUCCGUCCGUCGUCCAUGGAGCAAAUGGCCAAACUAAAGCCCGCCUUUAUCAGACCACAUGGCACUGUCACUGCUGCCAACUCGUCUUUCAUUACUGACGGUGCCAGUGCUGUGCUCAUCAUGUCUGAGGAGAAAGCUUUGGCGAUGGGCUUCAAGCCUAAAGCCUACCUCAGAGACUUUGUCUACGUGUCCCAGGACCCUAAAGAUCAGCUGCUAAUGGGGCCAACGUACGCGACACCCAAAGUCCUGGAACGUGCCGGCUUGUCCAUGAACGACAUCGAUGUCUUUGAGGUUCACGAGGCAUUUGCGGGUCAAAUAAUGGCAAAUCUGAAGGCCAUGGAGUCGGACUGGUUCGCUCAGACGUACCUGGGCAGGAAAACGAAGGUUGGAGCUCCUCCCAUGGAGAAGCUGAACCUGUGGGGCGGCUCGCUGUCUUUGGGUCACCCGUUCGGCGCCACGGGCUGCCGGCUGGUGACGGCGGCGGCUCUGCGUCUGCAGAAGGAGGGCGGUCAGUACGGGCUGGUGACGGCGUGUGCCGCUGGAGGACAGGGACACGCCAUGCUGGUCGAGGCCUACCCCCAGUAAAGCACCAACAUCUCCAUGCAGAUCCAGAGAGUUCAUGGAGCCGCGCGCUAACAUAGACAGCAGGGUAUGACGGCUCGCACCAGUUUGCCUUGGUCAGAAGAAAGAGUCAUACGUGUGAAUGUGUCUGUGUGCGAGAACAUUUGUACAAAUUCGUCUUUUACGCAGAUAAAUUAUAGCAGAAUGUCGUCCAGAAUCUCUGCCUUUUGAUUUUGUGGACUUUGAAGAGCUUCAUGUCGAAUGUUUGGACGCCCAGAGGAGCCGCUGAUCUCGGCUAUUGUUUAUAACAACGCUGUAAUAUUGUUUUCUUACAAACUGUUGGAAUUAAAUGAUGUGAUGAUAAACACGCUGACACUCA